AUGGCCGCGGAGGAUUUGCCCAUCGACCUCAGCGAGGCGGGGUUCAUGGACGACCCCGAGGAUUAUUAUCCCCCAACUCCCCCGCCCACCAAGGAGAUUUUCACAAUGAAGAGCGGCAAAUCCAUCACGCUGCACCUGGUCGGCCACAGCCCCACGGAGGCACACACACUGUGGAACGGGGCCAAGAUCAUAUCAGACUACUUCGAGAAGGACCCCUCGAGGAUCAAGGGCAAGACGAUGCUGGAGCUAGGCGCGGCCUCGGGCCUGCCGUCCCUCGUCGCGGCGAUCCUGGGGGCCAAGAAGGCCGUCAUGACCGACUUCCCGGACCCGGACAUCGUGGCCACGAUGCAGAGGAACAUUGACGAGUGCGACGAGACGAUGGAGGUCAAGGGCCGGCUGGCGGGGACGAUCGACGCCAUGGGCUUCAUCUGGGGCAGGGAGCCCGAGCCGCUGCUGGAGAGGCUGUCGAGCGACGGGCGGGACAGGUUCGACGUGCUCGUGCUCGCCGACCUGCUCUUCCGGCACAGCGAGCACGGGGCGCUCGUCAAGACGAUCAGGGAGACGAUGCGCAGGUCGCCCGAGAGUGUGGCCUACGUCUUCUUCACGUCGUACCGGCCGUGGAAGAAGGACCUGGACAUGGCCUUCUUCGACGUGGCGCGGGAUGCUGGGCUCGAGGUGGAGCAGGUAGAGGAGGUCCAUCUGGAGAAGCCGCUGUUCAAGGACGACCCCGGCGACCUGGACGUGCAGAAGACGGUCAAGGGCUUCGCCCCCAACCAUGCGGCUGGGCCUCGCCCAAAGAAGCUGAACCUCGACCAUCUCCCUCUCGAGAUUGUCCUACGGAUCUACGAAUUCGCCCUCGUAGAACGCCCCAGGUGGGAGAAGACGCACAAGCCAACCUGCAAAUACAAGCCCAAAUUCGGCGACGACAUCUACGAGAACCCGCCGUUCCUCCAGACCAAGGUGACCGUCUACGCCGACAUGACGCAAAAGACCGAGUGCUCCUGCUCCUGCGCCAAGCGCACCGGGCUCGGGCUCCUCCUCGCCUCCAGGGGGGUAAACGAGCUCGCGGCGCCCAUCUUCUGGUCCCGGAACACAUUCUGCUUCCUCGACGCCAUCGAGCUCAUCGCCACGGUGGGGCGCCUCCUCCGCCCUGCCUACGUGGAGAUGAUCCGGGCCAUCAGCAUCAUGAACCCAGACCAGAGCGGAUACACGGGCCACGUGGACUACACAUUGUCCAAGGGCAAGCAGCGGCACGCCUUCUGGGACACCCUCGAGAGGUGCAGGGGGCUCGAGAGCCUCGACAUGCCGGGGGCCUACAUCUCCGCGACCAAGUGGUUCUCCCAGCGCAUGGCCAAGCUGCCCAAGAGGGCGCCCUCCCUGAAAACUGUGCGGUUCAACUUCCUACUCACCUUCACCUCCUACGACAUGUGGAGCGAGUACCCGUCCCCCUGGUGGGACCACUACUUCCCCAACGUCAUCUACGCCCGGUGCUCGCGGAGCUUCUCCCUCAGGGACCAGGAUUGGAACCCGAAAGCGGUGCAGGAGCUCGCGAGGGGCCUCAAGUGGAACUUCCGCGUGUACGUCGGCACGGCCAUCAAGACCAGCUUCCUGGGCGCCAGCAGGGAGCGGCCCGAGAGCUACAAGGACACCUUCCGGCUCGCCGAGGGCAUCGACGAGCACUCGAGCAGGCGCCGCGUCACCCUGCCGACGGGGGAGGCGACCACGGUGACCUUCUACGGGUUCCCCCUCAGCAAGCGGGACAGGAUGGACCAGGCCAGGCGGAAGCGGGCGCUCGACGGGCAGCAGAGGAAGAUCAACAGGCUCACGCACGCCCAGAACGAGGCGGUGGUCAAGGCCAAGGAGAAGAGGAAGGUGAAGCGGGAGACGCAGGUGACGGAGAACAGGGAGUCUCACAACCAGGCAAUUGCGGAUCGGGGCCAGCGGCUCCUGGACCUCAAGGCCGAGGAGGACAGAGCCGCCAGGAAGCAGCAGCGCAAGAUUGACAGGACGACGAAGAGGAAUGCCGAGAUACACAGGAGCGAGAGGAAACGAAUACGCUGCUGCGUAUACGGAAGAAAACAUAUCACAGUUGCUUCACUUUCCGGGCCCAAGGACGAGGAUACCUUUACCCGCCUGGCUGGUCUAGACUCUCAGCACACCUACCUACGUCAGGCACACUUGGGCAACCCCACCACAGCACGCAUGUCGUCUACACCGCAUCUUUCCCAGCUGGAGAGGGACGGCUUCGUAGUGGUCAGGGCCAUCGUCAGCCCAGCUAAGCUCGAGCGCCUCCGCGAUGCAAGCACCAAGGCAACCUCGCUCGCCCGCUCGGGCGGCUGGCCCCACGUCCGCACCGUCGGCAAGCAGUUCCCUCCCUGGAGCGCCGCUGAUGUCGCCGAGAAGGGCAUCUGGGGCGUCCAGCACCUCAUGAACCCGGACCUGGGCGGCCACGACCUCUUCGCGGAGCAGUACUUCUCCGAGGAGGUCCUGUCCAUCGUCCGUGAGUUGCUGCAGUGCUCCGACGACGAUCUCGUCAUGGAGCUCUUCAACAUGCUCGUCCGCCCCGAGUCCGACUUCGAGCUCAGGUGGCACCGCGACGACAUCCCCGCCGAGGCGUCGGCGCAGGAGGAGAUGGAGCGGCUUGGAAAGCCCGCCUUCCACGCCCAGUACAACUUCGCUCUCUUCGACGACGACUCUCUCGUCGUCGUCCCGGGCUCCCACAGGCGCGCGCGCACCGACACAGAGCGCGCGGCCGGGCCUUUUGAGAAGGUGCUGCCGGACCAGCUCGUCGUCAAGCUGGGACCGGGGGACAUUGUCUUCUACAACAACAAUAUCCUGCACCGCGGCGUGUACGACUCAACCAAGGAACGCAUGACUCUGCAUGGUUCGGUUGGGCAUGUGGGCGGAAGCGCUCUCCGGGCGAGGAAUGUGCUGCAGCAUGGGGUUGGCGAUUGGGUGGCGGGAUGUAAUUUUAGCAGGUUAGAGGGCCGCGACCGAGAGCGGGCUGAGGCCAUGAGGGAGAGGUUAGUAAAAAUGGGCAGCGCGAGUGGUGAAGUUGGCUAUUCGCUCCAGGGAUGA